AACAUUCGCCACGAGAGAGCGAGAGAGAGAGAGAUACAAAGAGAGAUUGAAAGAGUGAAUGAGUGAGUAUAAUAGACAGUCGUAAACAAAAUUACGAACGGUGUAGACAAAAGAAUACAUUGGAUUACAAGCAAAUUAUAGACAAGGAUCGAUUUAAGAGAAAAUACACUCGCAACUAAAUCCCAUCCAAUUUCUAUGUGUAAAAACUAAAAGAAAUUAUGGAUUUGGAUAGAUAGAAUGCAAUCACAUGUCGACGGUGGACGAAGAAUACAACGCUGGAAUGGAACUGACCGAUUCCUCUUCUUCCUGCAUCUAUCCACCUCAUACAAUACAAGAUACUUCGGUUACAAACGAUGACGGUAUAGAAGUAAUAUCAUACACAGCUGACUCGAAUACCUAUUUUAAAACAUCUCCCGGGGACGAAGUUCGAGCAUUGGCAGGAACCGUUGCCGGAGAUGAGGAUGAAGUUCAAACUAUGAAACAAAAAAAGAUUGCCAGAGCUGUUAUGAUAGUAGCGGGAGGUCUUAUUAUCAUUAGUAUUCUUUUGGUGGGCAUAACUCUCGCGAUGUCGCAUCGAAUCGAUGAAAUGGUACGAAGGAAACAAGGAGGGAUGACGAGAAGCGCGAAUAUUUGGAUAGAAACUACAACAAUUUUUGCUCAAUAUAAUCCAAAUCGAAACCGAGCUUACUAGUACUGCAUCGGUCGAAAUUAUCGACCUGAAGAGUGUACAUAAUUUGUUAAUCUUUCAAACGACCCUGCACAUGUCGAUUGUUUUGAAACGCUCAAUUAUUUUUUAUCGCGUAUUUUGUUGUAUAGACCACUAUAGAGUGUGAUAAAAAAAAGACAUUUUUCUCAUCAUGCAUUAUUCAUAGUAGCGUCAUCUGGCGGGUCGAGUGUUUGCUUAAGGCUGCCGUUUUUUGAGUUUGUCUGAAGUUAAUAGUACUUGGAAUGGUACUUUUCUGUGAGGUUAAUUUUUAUCAUACGUAUUAUAUAAACUGUAAACAUAUUGUGACGUACUACAAAUCCUUCAUGUCAUUUUGAAAACAUUGUAAUUGUUCUAAUCACUUUUCUUUUAGCUAAUUAACGUUAAUCAAUGAAUUUUCCUUCCAAUUUUUAAAAAGGUUUUUUCCAAAAGGGAAGAGAGGAACCAAGGAAAAUAAAAAAUAUAACAAAUAGUACGUCAUUGAUGAAAUAAUUAAAUGAAGAAAAGGAAUAUAACACGUUAUCACGUAAUAUGAAUUGUAAUGUUAUUGUUAAGUCCAUAUUCUGUAUAUCUUGUCAGAUUUUUUUAUAUCAUCUAUAAUUGUGAACAAUUCAACCACAAAAAAAAUUGAAGUAUAGAAUAACAUGGCAUUAUUAUCGACAAAAAAUAAUUCAGGAAGAGGAAAAUAUCAUCAAGAUCGAAAGUGAAGAAGAUAAAAGAUAAUAAGAAGGAUGAAAGAUCAGCCGCAAUAAUUUUAGCAUAUAAACUAUACAAAAUUUUUACUGCUGAGUUCGUAAGAAAGUUUCUUCACAUUUUUCUAUGUGCGUUGUUAUUAUAAACAGAAAACUCGUUUUGUGUUUCUGUUCUCUAUUGUAAAUACGCUGUAUACAGCCACAUUUUUUCUAGCAGCAAUAAAAUUGUUUCCAUUUCCAAA